AUGAGGCGGCAUCAAGGCGGGCUCGGCUGCCAAGAUGGCCGCGCGCCAACACGGACACACGCCUCGCGAGGGAGGCAAGGGACAUUGUCAUUGCUACUGACAUUCGCCGCGGCACUCGUCGCGACGGCCGCGUCGGUGUCAGCGCAAAACUUUCCGGCGAUUGACUUUCAGGGACUCGGUUCGGUGGGCGUCGCCGGUAGUUUUGAUGGGAUAGAGGUCUGGACCCCGCAGCUGUCGACGCAAAACGACUCCAACGUCUUUGACGCCGCCGUUGCGACGCUGAUCGCGCGCAAUCCCGAUGGCACCUUGGCCAAGAUUAACGAGACGGACCAGGGUGGAAUCAUUCGUUCCAUCUGCCAGAAGCGAACGGGUGACACGCAGCUGGUAUACGUUGGCGGACGCUUCUCCAAAAUUGGCGCCCUCAACGUGAGCAACAUUGCCUCGUACGACCCAGCGGCCAAGACUUGGGACGCCCUCAACGGCGGUCUCGACGGCGAAGUCUUCUCGCUGUACUGCAAUGAGCAGUACAACGUCGUCUACGCCGGUGGUACCUUUGUCAAGCCAGUCGCCGUCACUGGUCCUCCUGCCGAUCGGUUCUUGGGGUCGGUGGCCGUGUGGAACACCACCAACAGGGCUUGGGAACCAGCACCGUUUGGCGGUGUCGAUGGCCUUGUGGGACAGAUCACCACGGGCCUCAAUGACACGACCAUCAGACUGUCGGGUGCCUUUGACACGGCAUUUGCCAGCAAUGGAUACAACGGCACGGGGCCCACUUCGGGCACCAACAGGUCUGCAUCGGCACUCACCCUCGCCAUGGCACCCUUGCCACUCGGACAGACGGAGUUCCAAGGAGGUCCCACCACCGACGACGCCAACUUCAACAAUCCUGCUCAGAUCCUCUGUCCCCAGGGCGCCGACGGCCCGAGCAACAGCUACCUCUUUGGCGACAACACCGUUGGCCGCCUGACGAUGCGUGCCUUUAGGACCCUUCCCGUCCGUGCCAUUCGUAUCGGCAACACCUUCCAAGAUGGCCGGGGUACCAAGACAUUCGGCAUUGUCUCGAUUCCCGACAACGUCCAGCUCGAGCUCCUUUACCUCGACCCCGUCACGCUGCAGAAUGUCACCUGCACCAGCUGUCCCCUGUUCCACGACCCCUCAGUGCCCUACCAGGACUUUCUCAUCAGCAACAGCCCUGUCAACGGAGGUGUCAAUGGCACAAAGAUUCUCACAGGCAUCGAAUUCACCGCGUCCGAGUGGUACGGAGCAGGCGCUGGUCUGCACCAUCUUCAGCUUCUUUCCGACGGUGGGUGGGCCUUUGCCUACCAGGGCUACAACCGAGGCUCGUGCAACUCCACGGAGCCGGGUGCCAACGGGACGCAGUCGAGCUCGACGCAGCGCGGAGGCUGGUACCAGACGAUGGUUCCCAGCUCCGUCUCGGGCACCACUGAGCCCAUCGUCGCCCUGACGGACAGCUACAGCAACCUGGCGAGCAACGCGCGCGCCCAGGUCGCCUGGAAUAUCGAUAUUGCCUACAAUGGCACCUAUGCCGUUUACAUGUACAUUCCAGGCUGCCUGGCGUCGAACCAGUGCGGACAGCGGACAGACGUCACGGUGACAGUCAUGAACAACUCCACGAACACGGGCACGUCGGUGCGCAUGUCGCAGGAUGUACAAAACGACACCGAGGUGCUCGUGUACCAGGGUGCCUUCCAACAGCGGAAUGCGCGGUGGAUGCCGUCGGUGGUCUUGUCGAUCCCUCCCGAUGCACCGGCACCCAAACAGGGCAACCGCUUCACCGUCGUUGCCGACCGUGUCCGCAUGCAGCUGCAGAGCUCCCCCGAUGCCCACAACUUGUUCUAUGAGCGGGGCUUCAGCGUCUUGGAGUAUGCCGUCUUUGACCCGGCUGUUGCCAACAUUACCGCCAACGGCACCCAGAUCCUGUCCAACGACACCAUGACGCCGCUGGGCAACUUUGGUGGCGCUCUCAUGAAGAACGGCGUCCUCCGCAACGAAUCCGAGGUCGCCUACGGUGUCAUUUCGCUGGGCAACAAGACGUUUGUCGGAGGAAACUUUACCAGCGAUGACUUCUUCACCCUGACUCAGGUCCCCCUCAACUCGACGUCAAUGUUGAACCUCACGAUUGCUCAGCCUGUAUCUGCCAAUACCUCGACAACAACGGUGUCGCAGGUCGUCACCACCACGGUCGUGUCGGGCGUGACAUCAACCGUCACGAUCCCAGGCACGACGCGCAUCGUCACCAACAAUGUCACCAGCAGCAGUACCAGCGGCAGCUCCUCUGGUAGCUCCUCUAGCGCCGUCUUGGCAUCCUCGACCGGCAGCCGGUCCAGCAGAGCAACCUCGCAGCAGACGUCCUCGGGCUCCACGCCCGCCAAUCGACUCCGUGAACGUCAAGCAACUGAGACUACAUCGUCAGGCUCGACCAACAGCGCAAGCAGAUCCUCGUCCUCGGCCACUUCAGCUGCGCCCACCUCGACAGCUGCUGCCGGAAACUCGACGACCAAUUCGACGAGCAUUCUGCCGCUCUCUGUUGUCAACGUCACGAUCCCAGGCAUGGGGCCUUUGAGCUUGUCUGGCAACGUGACACUGCUGCCCAACCAGACGAUCAUCCCCGUCAACGUCACUUUCACUGGCCGAGGCUUCCGCAACCUCGUCAUGUUCGACCAGGCCAGCGGCGGUGGGAACUAUACGCCCAUGGCCGGCCACGGUCUCAAUGGUAUCGUCUUUGCUCUUAGUGCCAUGGGCAACUUCCUCUACGUCGGAGGCGACUUCACCGCGACAGCCGACAACCAGACCUCGCUUGGCCACAUUGCCCGCUACGACACCGUGGCCAACGUUUGGGCUCAGCUCGGCGGAGGCACCAGCGGUCCCGUCACUGGCAUCGUCCCGCUCAAGGACUCGAAGCUCCUGGUCACUGGCUUCUUCAAUGCGGUCAACGGAACAGCCGGUGCGGGUGGCUAUGGCGUCUGGGAUGCCUUGACGAGCCAAUGGGUGUCUCAAAACGAGUCCAUGAUUGGCAACAUGACGGCCAGCGACACGGGUACCGAUACAGCCUACAUGGCAGGCCAGGUGCAGAGCGUCAGCGGAAACAUCGCGUCGGGUGCCGUCGGCCUCAGCGCACCCAAUUCGGCGGGCAUGUACCCCAACGUCAACGUGCUCAACUACUCGUUCGCCGCUUCGAUGAAGGAGAUGUACUCGACGCCGUCUGGCUCCAAGCCUGCCGCCUAUGCUCGCAGGAGAUCCUUGGCAUCGCCAUCGACUGUAUCCACGAGCAACUGGUACCCCCGUCGCGAUGCUCUGUCCUUUGAGGCGGUCGAGAAGAGGAUCAGCAGCGCGCCUAGCCUGCUCGCACGUGUUGCCUCGGCCAUCUCGUCGCGAUCUUCCGACCAGACGCCCUCGCUGCUGACGUCGCUCGUCCGACGCGCCGAUGUCAUGGAGCCAGCCUCGCUCACCUCGUCGUCUGGCGAUGAGAUUCUGGCCUCUGCGUUCUGGCAGAGGGGCAAAGACGACUAUGCCCAGAUUGUUGGCGGCAACUUCACCACCAGUCACGGCGUGAGGAACCUUGGUCUGUACGAUCCAAAGACCAAGGAGCUGUACGCCUUCCCCGAUAUGCCCAGUGGCGCCAAUCUGACGGUCGUCCGCGCUGUCCUCGUCGAUCGCGAUACUCUCUAUGUCGGAGGUGACGGUGGUCUCCAGGUGUUCGACUUGCCAAACAGCACCUGGCAGAACAACACGGCCGCCCUUACUGCAAACGAAGGUAAGGUGCUCAGCGUCACGGCCAUCAGCCACAGACCGGACUCGACAACGGUCAUCGUCGGCGGUACCUUUGACGAGGCAGGCAGCCUACCGUGCAACAACCUCUGCCAGUGGGAUUCGCAAACAUUGCGCUGGACCAACCUGGGAACCGGCAUCGAUGGACAGAUUGCCGCACUCGACUUUGCUGGGUCCAAGGCGAACACAUUGAUCGUGGCGGGCUCCAUGACGAUGAAUGGCGCCGAGGCUUCGCUCGCCGGUUGGAACUUUGACAACGAGCAGGCUACGUGGACGCCAUACGGUGUCGUCGGUCCUUCGAAUGGCAUGAUUCCCGGUCCUGCCACGGCGAUGGCCGUCGAUGACCUCAACGUCAACUCCAUCUUCGUUGCCGGUCGCACCACUGACGGUACGGAGCCGUAUCUGGCCAAGUGGGACGGCAGCGUCUACUCGUUGCUGGGCACAAUGGAGUUGCUCGAUCCCACAGGUAUCGCUCAGCUCUCGUUCGUCGGCAUUACCAAGCCUCACCCCGACAACAACAUCCUCGAAAACAAUCGUCUUCUGGUCGUCAGCGGCGCGCUGAGCAUGUCCAACUAUGGCAAUGUCUCCACUGCUCUCUUUGACGGUCAAAACUGGACGCCGUUCCUGGUCUCGCAGUCCAACACUGGUGGCAGCGGCAUCGUUCGCGCAUUCACUCGGUCUGUCGAGGUCUUGUCGUUCCCCAACCUGCACCACCUUGCCGUUGGCAUCGUCAUUCUCAUCUCCAUUGCCAUUGGUCUCGGUGUCGUCUUCCUGCUCGUUCUCCUCGGCCUCAUCUGGGCCCUCGCAAGGCGGCACCCGAACCGUGGUGUCGACGUCCCCAUCUCGCCCUCUGACGAGACGCUCGCCAUGGCGGGAGCGGCAGGCGAGAAGAAGCGGCCGUCGAGCCUGUUGGCGACGCUCAAUGCUGCUACGGAGAAUGUCAUGCACAGUGGCGCACCUGGCGAGGAUGCCACGCGGGGGGCAGAGGUAGGAGCAGGAGCUGCUGCUGCAGCGGGUAUGGCUGGCGUGGGCGCCAGCAGCACCGGCCACGGCCACGGUCGCCAGGACUCGGCCGCCGUUGGUGGCACGCUCGAGAACAGCGACGAGACUGGACCCUCGACAGCCUUCCACUCGGACGGCCAGACGGGGCAGAGCCACUCGGGCCGCUCAAAUUAUUACAGCGGCGACGAGGGCGAAGGCGUGGCGUUGGGAGGAGGUGCCGGCGCAACAGCCUUGGGUGCCGGAGCCUACGAUGGCAUGGACGACAAUGGGGCCAAUGACGGAAUCGAGGCGCAUGCGAGAUAUAGCUUCGAGGCGACACACCCGUCCGAGCUGGCCGUGCGCGCAGGAGAGAAGAUCUACAUUCUCGACGACCAAGACGAGCAUUGGUGGCUCGCAAGAAACGACAGUGGCGCCACGGGCGUGCUUCCGGCCACGUACGUCUUGUAA